CCCCUUCCUUUGGCUCCGUCUUCAAGUCUCCCUCCCCCGCCCCCCCCACUUUGAUUUCAAGUUGAUCACACUUUCAGAAGAGGGGGCCCCGUUUUGCAAACUAUCGCGGGGAGCCAUGGCUUAUCCCCCUGGCUAUGGGGGCCCAGGUUCUAAACACAGGACAAGGAUCCCUCCUGUGCCGCAGAACGCAGAUGCCCCCCAGCUCUUUGACGACACCAGUGCAGCCUACGGCCCCCAGCAGCCGGGUUACCCAGCCCCAGGCAUUGACAUGGGUUUCAACCAGAUCUUUGCCGACCCGGUGGCCAACGUAGCGAUGGCCUACGGCACCACCAUCGCAUCUCAGGGCAAGGACAUCGUCCACAAGGAGAUCCAUCGGUUCAUGUCCAUGAACAAGCUGAAAUACUUCUUUGCGGUGGACACCACGUACGUGAUGAAGAAGCUCGCCCUGUUGGUGUUUCCUUAUGUACACCAGAACUGGGAAGUCCGCUACCACAGAGAUGUCCCCCUCACGCCUCGGCAGGACGUCAACGCUCCAGACCUCUACAUUCCUAGUAUGGCUUUCAUUACCUAUAUCUUACUUGCUGGGAUGGCACUUGGUUUACAGAAAAGGUUUUCACCGGAGGUCCUGGGGGUGUGUGCCAGCACGGCGUUUGUGUGGGUCGUGAUUGAGGUUCUCGCCCUUUUGCUGGGACUGUACCUUGUGACGGUCCAGAGCGACCUGGGCACCUUCGACCUGCUUGCUUACUGCGGCUACAAAUACGUUGGGAUGAUCCUAGCCGUGGUGGGCGGCCUCGCUUUUGGCAGCAAUGGCUAUUAUAUCGCCUUGGCUUGGGCUUCCUGUUCUCUUAUGUAUUUCAUGGUGCGCUCCUUGCGGAUGAAGAUCCUUCCUUCAAUGGUGCAGGAAGGGAUGAGCCGGCCUAGCGGGAGGGCGCAGAUGUACGUCACCCUAGCAGCAGCCGCCUUCCAGCCUCUGAUCCUCUAUUGGCUGACUGCACAGCUGGUUCAUUAGGCGAGGCAGAGGAGAGGACCCGUCCGUGGAGGCCCCAACGUUUGCCUGGGGAGGUGGGGGUGGGGGCUGGCUUUGCAAGGACCCCUCUCUCUUCCUGCCCUCUGAUUUCUCCCACCCACCGGCCCCAAAUUCCCUGAUGUACACACUCCACCUCUUCCUGGGCCUUGCCAAGGAGGACGGGGGUUCCGCUGACGAAAGGAAUGAUGCCGAAUAAGGGAGGUGCCACGUCCUCUCUUGGGGCUCCCCGCCCCUCACAAAAUCACGAGAGCGGAGGGGAAGUGAGGACUGUCAAAACUAUCCAGGCUUGACACUGCCUGCCCCCCGCCCCCCCCCCCGGCUUGACUCCCAAAUCUGUGUCCUGUUCCAUUUCCACUGGUCGUUGCAAACGUCUCCUUGCUUGGGGGGCAGACUCGGAUAGGGUGGGGCAGGGUUGUUUCGGACACUCCUCCUCCCCCCUUUCAUGCUCCUGGGAGCACUUUUGCUAUGCAAAGAAUUUUUAAGAACAUGACUUCUGGUGUAUUAUUAUUAUUGCCUUCUGGAGCAAAACACCCUUUCCCUCUCUUCUGAAAAUCAGCUGGUUUACUUUAAAUGACUUCUCCUGCUUCCCCCCCCCCCCAAAUUGGUGGUCUUUUGACCCCCAGCACCAACACCUGAGCAUUGACAGGGGACACCUGCUGAGCAAGGAGCUCCCCCCCCCAAAAAAAUCCCCCACCCUCUGCUGUUAUGUUGUCGGAGAGCAGAGACCCUCCGCUCUCAAAGACUGUAUACUAUUGGUCAUCAGAUGCUGUGUUGUUGAGGUACUUUCAAACACUUUCCCACUUGUUUUCAUUAUAUUAACCUUUGUUGGGGUUUUAAAAAAAUGUCUAUACUGCCACAGAUACAAGCCAGCAAAGAGUUGGGUUUGGGUAGACAGGGAGGUGGGGUGGGGGGGAAUCUUAAUGAAAUCUGCAAAGCAGCUAAGUUGUGUCUUUUAGCCAACUUUCAGAGGAAAGACUUCGCAUUUCAACUUUCCCCCCAUCUGUUUAUGGGAGAGUUCAUUCUUGGAAGCGACGAUAAAAAUGUGCUUGACAACU